AAACCGUCAUUUAGAACUCCUAUGCACAUCUAAUAUGUUGCCUUCUCCGAAUACUGCUUCCAAACGUCGCGACUCGAGAGCAUUCCAUGCCCAACAUCCCACACGCUCCUUCGACCUUUCACUAGCCAACCUUCGCCGCCCCGCACGCAUAACGAACCUAGGAUUCUUCCUCCUCUCAUCUACUCUCGCACUCUCGUUAACAAUUCACAUAUUUCAUUCAUUCUUUCCGAAUCAUACGUACUGUCCACUCGAGCGCUUCGCCGAGCCGUGGUCGACCCUCCGGGAGAAUGUCCCGAAAAGCAUAGCAGCUACGUUACCGAGGUUGGGAUAUGAGCAUGGGAGGUCGGGCGGGGGAUUGAAGCAUUUGGUCAUGGUUCCGGGACAUGGGAUAUGGGAGGGAUCGAGGGAGGAAGACGUGUUGGAUGAGAGGCGGUGGGUGCUGAAAGAGUAUCAGCGCGGCAGGGGAAGGGUCGAGGUAUUGGUGGAGCAUAUCAGGAAAGGUGCUCAUAUAGCUCUCGAUGACCCUGCGGCGUUACUCGUGUUCAGUGGUGGCCAGACAUCGCCAUUCAGCACAACAUCCGAGGCCGAAUCAUACCAUCGACUCGCACACGUUUCCGGACUGAUCCCUUCGUCGUCGACGGACGAGAAGGCAGUCUUCACUCGCGCCACAACAGAACCGUUCGCGCUGGACUCAUAUCAGAACUUGUUAUUCUCUAUUGCAAGGUUCAAAGAGUAUACAGGUUCCUAUCCAUCCAAAAUCACCGUUGUAGGCUACGAGUUCAAACGCCGCCGUUUCGAACAACUCCACCGUGCCGCCCUCCGAUAUGCUUCUCCUCCCUCUUCAAACCCGCACCGACUACAUCCGCCGUCGCCGCCACCGCAGCGAGGCCGUGUUAGCGUCGCGAAGGAUGAUGGUAGAAAUGUGAAUUUAAUCGCGAAUGACCGGGUGGACAAGGGCGAUGGUGCGCGAGGUAAUGGGAUGACGGAUGUGGAGUUCGAAUAUGUGGGCUUAGGACUGGGGCCUGGUAGGGAAGAGGAGGAGGUUGAGGCGAAAAAGGGUGAACUGGCAAAUUCCUUCCUACCCUACCUCUCCGAUCCAUACGGAUGUCACCCCCCGCUAUCUACCAAACGCCUCCAACGUAAUCCAUGGUCCCGAAUCCACGCCUACCACCUCUCCGCCCCCGAACUGGCGGACCUGUUCGAGUGGUGUCCCACGCUCAGUGGUCACGAUCCUGACGUCGUGAUGGGCGAUCUGGAGCAGAAGGGUGACGUGGAGGAGAUGUGGAGGUAUGAGGGGAAGGUUUUUGGUGGGAGGCUGCCUUGGGUGUAGGGCGUUGGAUGUGGGAUGUGGAGGGUAGGUCGUGAGUGACGGAAGCUGUGUGGCGUGGUUUGGUGGAGGUUAAUUUAUUCGGGUUUUUGGACGGACAGCUUCGAUAGAAUGCAUCGUUUCCGUGUUUAGAGAUUCAUGCAGUUGGAUGAGUUAGUGGACUCGCAGUUUUCGUCCUCGCCCUCGUGCGUUCCGUGAUGUCUUGGAGCUGUCUUUACAUCUACUGGUGCAUUGAAAGAACCGUCAAGGCCCAGACUGUUUACAGAGAGUCUACAAAAAAUGUCGCUACUACUAUGGUUCAGGCCAGGAAUAAUUGGACAUCACCUUCGCGCAAGGGUAUAAACGAUCGCAGGCUAUGUACAAUUCAGCCAGAGACGGUGGAAACGAAAGUGAAGUGUUCGUUUGCUCUGAGUACGGGGAUUUUCUCUAACGAAACUCUGGUCAACGUGGUAGGUAUCCUGUCAAGGUUCAAUAAUAAUCUCCCAUACACCACUUUCACCACGAUCGCUCAACCUUUCUUCUUUGAUGUCGAUCUCCAAAGGAUGCCCAUAGUUGUCGUAGUAGAGCACAGGCCUCGAACUGAACGUCGAUGAGAGAGUUCGGUGCUUUGUAGACUUGUCGAAGGGAUCGGGUGAAUGGAGAUCAGCCAUCGUAAUCUCUUCGGGGUGGUCAUCGGAAUUGGGAUAUGAUGACUGCGUGGCACGUAUGUGUAGUAGGAAGCGGUUGAGCGUGAGCAUGGCCAUCGCCCAAACAAACGCAGCAAUAGUUGUGGAUUGCGAAGGAUCGCCGAACGCGGUGAAGGUGAAGUUGAGUAACUCGAGGAGGAACAGCAUCAGAAAGAACAUUAUGCCGUCUCGGUGCAGAGUGUGUGUGAGUGCGACAUCUGUUGUGCGGGGUCUCGAGAGGGCACCGUAGAUAGUCAAACACAGAAUUAUGAUUCCGAAGGGAAGAGGGGCAGCCCAGACAGCUAACAGAACAGGGGAUCCUUUUGUCGACGUACAUUUCCCUAGCGAUGCAGACCAUUCACUUUUUGUGGUGGCGACGGUGACGAUCACAAGGAUAAGUUCUGUCAGUAGGGUGAUCGCAAAUGAAACGAUGAGAGUGUUCAUGAUUUUUCGAUGUCUAUCCCAAAGUACGACAACUCGCAAAACAACGAGAAGGUGUCCCAUUGCUGUGGAAUACACCGCCAAAAUGAAUGUGAUGCUCAUGAGACCGUAGCAUCUGCGUGUAAGAUUUGAGGUCGUAGUCAGGAAUUGGACGAGGCAGAACUUCCGGACGCAUUUGAUAGGUAUGCAUCAACCAAAAGGCAUACGAUGGCCAGAUACUUGUUGAGCAAGAAGCCGUUCCUACUGAACGAAGAAGGUGCUUUCCACACAAAUGCAACUUCUGCGGGGAGCAGCAGGGCGUGAUCGUAGAGCAUGAGCACCAGGCCGACGAUCUUUAGAUAGCGCGCUACGAUAGAAAUCUGAAGUGGUCCAUCCUGAAGACCCAUCAGUUGAAAGAGAUCAACUCAAAUAUAAUAUAAAAUGAGGCAAAGUCCAGCAAGCCGACUGAAGAAG